GAACUUUGUAGUGCUCUGGAGAAAGACCAUGUGAACCUACAAAUGGACAAGGAAGCUCUAGAGCAAAAGACACAAGAGCUGAGGAAAGAGAGAGACCUUCUUCAUAAAAGUCUCGGGCAACAAAUGGAGUUAAACAGAGAUAAACAGAUGUCCUGCCAGGCAAGCGUCUUUUUAGUAAAGGAGGAGAACAACAGACUGAGGCUGGAGAUGCAGAUGCUGAAAGAGAAGCUGGAAGAAGUGAAGAAGAGGGUCCCCUGGGAGGAUCCAGCGAUGAUGCUGUCUGCCCUGCCAGAGAAGAAAAUGGAGUUUAAGGGACUUGUGACAAACAAGGAGGACGUGAACAAGCUGAUGCUCACCCCACUGAUCCGCUACCCUCUGCCGGGGGGCUCAGCUCUCAUCACCUUCGAGAAGGCAGAGGUGGCCCAGAGAAUCAUAGAGGCGAAGGAGCACACGGUGGAGCUGAGCUGCGGGGAGGAGCUGGAGGAGCUCGACCGGUGCAGAGUGCAAGUGCAAGCAGCGCCAGUGGACAUACUGCUGCCAUCCGCCCUGGAG